UCGGAAUUUGUAAGAACAAACGUACAUAAAUUGGAGGAAUCAGUUCUCCGUACGCCACUUGGAAAUCUCAGAUUGAUAGCUAAAACCAUUGUCGUUUAUCUCCCGUUUUGAUUAUAAGCUUCAGGCUAUCCUCAUAUCGGUCAUCUCGGGAUCGAUCAGAGUAGCUGACCAUGCCGGCACCUUCGUCGACGAUGAGGCAGCGAAUGGUGAGGGUUCGAAGGCCGGAUAAUUUCCGGUCGCUGGCGGAUCGAAGGUCGAGGGAUUUGGAGGAGGAGAGAUCGGUUAGGGAGUUUCGGCGGGCACUGAUGGAAAGAGAUCUGCUUCCACCGCAGUAUGAUGAUUACUACACCAUGAGGAGGUUUUUGAAAGCUAGAGGUUUUAAUUUAGAAAAAACAAUCCAUAUGUGGACAGAAAUGCUCCAGUGGAGGGCAGACUUUGGUGCAGAUUCUAUCUUGCGUGACUUUGUGUUUACUGAAUUAGAAGAGGUUCGCUCUUACUAUCCGCAUGGUUUUCAUGGUGUGGACAAAGAGGGCAGGCCAGUAUACAUUGAAAAACUUGGAAAAGUCGAUCUUAGUAAACUUUUGACGGUCACUACGGUAGAAAGGUUAUUAAAAUAUCAUGUCCAGAGUUUAGAGAAGAUCUACCGGGACAAAUGGCCAGCAUGUUCAAUUGCAGCAAGAAAACAAAUUGAUACUAUGACAACAAUUUUAGAUGUUGAAGGUUUGAGCUGGAUGUAUGUUGGGAAAUUGAUUAACUUAGUUCAGGAUAUUGUCAUACGGAUCAAUAAAAUCGAUAGCAAUAACUAUCCUGAGAUAUUGAAUAAGAUGUUCAUUGUUAAUGCUGGCCACGGUUUUAGAUUGCUAUGGAAUGCCUUAAAAGGUUUUAUUGAUCCAAGGACAUCAGCAAAAAUCGAGGUUUUAGGAAAUGCAUACCAACAAACACUGUGCGAGUUGAUUGACAUUAGCCAACUUCCUAAUUUCCUUGGUGGUUCGUGCACUUGUGAAAUUGGAGGAUGUCUGAGAUCAGAUAAAGGACCAUGGAAUGAUCCAGAAAUAUUGAAAUUGAUUCAAGUUAAGCAAGUGAAGUCAUGGAAUCGAAGUAUUCAAUCUGAUGAAGAGGAGACAGAUCUGGGAGUCAAAUCAUCCGACAAGUAUGAUGAGUCUGAUGAUCAUUCACAGCUUCUCGUUGAAGAUGCACAUUCUCCUACUAGAUCAAGGUCUUGCUCAAUCUCAGAGUUGGUUCCAGUUGAUGAAGAGGAUGGAGAUAUGGUUUCCGGCAAUGUGGAUGCUCGACCUGAAUUUACUUGUGAAUUGGGAAGUGAUUUAUAUAAACAUUUUGCUCCAAUAUUUUCAUGUGGGACAUUGCUUAAGCAUGCGGCUAAAUCAGUGGCUAACAUCAUCCUGUGUCUGAUAUCUAUUUUACAUCGGUUCAUUUUUGGAAAUGUAAUAGUCCAUGAUGUCAAUUCAGUGCUACAUCAUCGGCAAUGUUUAUCUCCUACAAUGGUAAGCUGCACGGUGCAAGGUCCUUCACACGUUUGUCAAGAUGGAAUCUCUCCAUACUUGGAGAGGUUGCAGAAAUUGGAAGACAGAGUAAAUGACUUGAAUGGAAAAUCAACAAAGAUUCCUCCUGAGAAAGAUCACAUGAUCCAGGAGUCACUGAGUCGGAUCAGAACUAUAGAGCAUGAUCUAAGGAAGACAAAAGAUGCUCUGACUGCUACCUCUAUGAAGCAAGUCGAGCUAGCAGAAUCACUGGAGAAUAUCCAAGUAAUUGGUUUUGAAAGGAAAUCAUGCUGGGCGGGUUGCAAGUAUCCACAACUUGGAAGUUUUGAAGACUUGAAGAGAUGAAUUUACUCCAGUUGUAGAGGAUUAAUACGUUAAUAAUGUGGAGUAUCCCGGUAUAUUUGCUAUUAUAUUCUUUUUAUAUGAGGCCAUUUCCAAUUUUCUCCUAAUAGUUUUGGUUGUUCCUAUCAUUGAUUUUAUUUUUUCAUAUGGAGUUUAGUAUACAUUACCGGGCCAUGUUUUUUGAAAGUAUGAUUUGGAAGGGAAAAAGUCAAAUAGUUAUUGUAUAUUUUAAAGAAAUAUCAUU